GCCAACGUUUCACCGAAUAUACAAAAAGAAGGCGACGGAAGGUUUUGGAUCGCUGCCAUACUUGAUGGCAUUAUUAAGUUCUACGCUUUGGUUAUACUAUGCAUUGCUUAAAAGACAUGAUGCUGUUCUCCUUAUUUCAAUCAACUCGUUUGGAUGUGUCAUAGAGCUCAUCUACAUUGUCAUCUUCAUAACGUAUGCGCACAAGGAUUCCAGGAACUUGACCAUUAAGAUAUUUGUGGCGAUGAAUAUGGGGGGCUUGGCGGUGGCUCUUUGUGUGAGCAAUUUUGCUCUACAUGGUCCUCGCCGUCUCAAAGUCCUUGGAUGGAUUUGUGUGAGCGUUUCGGUGUUUGUCUUCGCAUCACCUCUAAGCAUUAUGGCACAAGUUUGUAAAACUAAGAGUGUACAGUUUAUGCCCAUCAAUUUGUCAUUUUUCCUCACAUUCAGUGCCAUAAUGUGGUUUGCAUACGGUCUCCUUAUCCACGACUUGUGUGUUGCAAUUCCAAAUGUGGUGGGUUUUAUACUGGGGAUACUCCAGAUGGUGCUAUAUUGCAUUUACAGGAACGGUGAGAAGGGAGUGACCGAGCAAGCAUUAGAGGCAGUGAGAGUUGUGAACCCUUCUGAAGUCUUCCCAAUCCCAGAGGAUGACAAUAGCAAUGGGCUACAAGAUCACCAGGACAAAACUCUGGAUUGCCCUGUGUGAAAUAACUACAAUUACUAUGCAACUCCUCUAUGUUUACGUUUACCAAUCAUGUGUGUCACUUUAAUGCCAAUUCAUUGUUCUCCUACCUUGUCAAACCCUACCAUCAUGUGUUCAAACCCUUUAUUAAUUAAAAUGCAUUACUUUACUUACUUUAAAUAAACUUUUCUACUCAUCUUUAUCACUA